ACUAGUAGAAUCGAGUCGUUGUAGGUAGUGAAUCUACUUUGAAGUUCAGCGGUGAAAUGUUAUGACGUGCAGCUGUCUUUGUUUCAACAUAAUUCGUACAUUUAUUCAGAAUCUUAGUUAUUAUAAUGUAAUAGCCGCGUAUGAAAUAUUAGUUCCAUUAAAAUGUUUUUCGAAGUAUGAUCGUGCCACGAGGAAUUAGCAUAGAUAGGUGUUCACAUUGGAUAAGUUUUGUGAAUGUUGUGCCAAUAAUGAGAUAGUGGAGUGUUGUGAUGCGGCUGUGGGACAUGUGGGGUGCUCUCUGGACCGUCGAGGCUCUGGUUCUGUUCCUGGGGGUUCUUGCGACGCCUUUGGAUCCUGUGCCACAAAGUUUGGGAGAGUUGUCACCAUUCAUACGUCACUGGCAGCCUACGAGAUACGAGCCGGCGCGGGGGCGCGGGCGCAGGUCACUCACACCCUCCCCGCAGCCCCCCACAGAUAUAAAGUUCUAUUUCAAAGCCCAUAACAGGGAAUUCAGGCUGAUCCUGCAUCCUGAUCCAAGCUCCGUGUUCGCUGAAGGGGUGCAGUUCCAUUCAUCAGCCGGCCCAAUAGAUUACAAUACUGCUAGUGUCUACUCCGGAAAACUAGAAGACGACGACUCGUCUCAUGUAUAUGGCGUGAUAACCGCUGAAGGUCUUUUCGAUGGCACCAUAUGGACUCAAAACGAAGAAUAUUAUGUUGAGCCACUCUCACGCUAUGAUAUCGAGCACCCUUCCAUGCACAGCGUCAUCUACAGACGAUCAGACGUAGAACAUCCACAUGCGAACAGUGAAACAUCACACUGUGCCUCUCAUUUGCUUCACAUGAAGACUAAACAAGGAUAUGAAGGGGACUUAUUCAACUUCACCGAUCAUGUAUCCCUCAAGAGAGUGCCAUUCAGCAAUAGUACGGAAGACUUGAAAACUGAAAUCAACAGGAGGAAGAAGCGAUGGCUUCCAGAGGACGAAAUGCAAGACGACGAGCCAAAGAAGAAUCCCGAAUUACCUUUAGAUUUAGACGUCCCGUACACGAGUAAUAGCGAUCCUUUUGAUAAGUUUAGUACGAGAAAGCCAAAAACUAAAAUCGAUAAAAGUAAUCUCAUAACGAAGGUGCGACUCGAUUCAGAGGAGUCCAGACCCAAACCAAAGACGCACGUGGAACUUAUAAAAACUAAAGCCGGCGUAGUGACUGUCAGUAAGGACGUGGUCAAAAAGGAACCGGUUGGUUAUACAAUACUGUCGGCGAACGCUACCGACGACGGAAGACAUGUCAACAAACGAGCCACAGUCGAUCCAAGAAAGACUACAUGUUUAGUUUACCUACAAGCGGAUCACAUGUUCUACCAAAGAUAUGGAUCUGAAGAGGCGUGUAUAGAAGUCAUGACAAGACAUGUCCAGAAAGUUAACGCGAUAUAUAAAGUGACAGAUUUCAAUCAAGACGGCAAGCCGGAUAACAUCACGUUCAUGAUUAAAAGGAUUAAAGUGCACACGCUGGACGCCCUCAAGGACCCGGCUUAUAGGUUCCCCAACAACUACGGCGUGGAAAAAUAUUUGGAACUGUUUUCAGAGGAGGACUAUGACGCGUUCUGUUUGGCGUACAUGUUCACUUACCGAGACUUCGAGAUGGGUACCCUGGGUCUGGCCUGGACAGGGGAUCUCAAGAACGCGGGUGGGGUCUGCGAAAAAAACGGACACUACCGAGGCAGUAUGAAGUCUCUGAACACGGGUAUAGUGACGUUAUUGAACUACGGCAAACACGUGCCGCCGGCCGUGUCUCACGUCACACUCGCCCAUGAGAUAGGACACAACUUUGGAUCGCCGCACGAUCCGGAAAUGUGUACUCCGUUCGGCGAAGACGGUAACUACAUAAUGUUCGCCCGCGCUACGAGCGGCGAUCGUAAGAACAAUAACAAAUUCUCACCGUGUUCACUGAGAGCCAUAGACCCAGUGCUGAACAAUAAGGCGCGCUCACCCAAAGGAUGUUUCACUGAACCUCAGCCCGCUAUCUGCGGUAACGGUGUAGUUGAGGACGGCGAGGAGUGUGACUGCGGCUGGGCGGCGGAGUGUACCGAUGUCUGCUGCCGCCCUCAAGCAGCACGACCACACUACAAGCCCUGCACGCUCACCGAACAUAGCGUCUGCAGUCCCAGUCAGGGUCCGUGCUGCACGGCCUCGUGCACGCUGAAGUUCGGGGACAAGUGUCGUUCUGAUAACGGUUGUCGUGACGCUGCUCAUUGUGAUGGCAAGCGAGCAGCCUGCCCCGCGAGCAGACACAAGCCGAACCGCACGAGAUGCGACAAAGAACUCGUCUGCUUUAUGGGAGAAUGCACUGGAUCUAUUUGCCUGGCGUAUGGCCUGGAGUCCUGUCAGUGCGUUGCCCGUAAGGACGAUCCUCGGUCCGCCUGCGAGCUGUGCUGCAGAAAACCCUCAGGACCCUGCGUGUCGUCCUUCCACUGGAACACCGCCCCCUACGAUGUGCCAGAUAUGUACGCUAAGCCCGGCACACCAUGCAACGAUUACAAUGGAUACUGCGAUGUGUUCCAACGUUGUCGCGAGGUCGAUCCUUCCGGUCCGCUGGCCACGUUGCGUCGUCUCCUUCUGUCCGAUGAGUCUCUGGCGGGCUUCAGGCGGUGGAUGCUGCGUCAUUGGUACGCCGUCCUGCUCAUCCUGCUCGCUGUCAUAGCGCUGCUGGUCGCUAGCACCCGUUUCUUCGGCCGUAACGCUAAGAAAAUCAAGUCAGUAACAAUAAUACACUCGUCAACCACCGAGACCGUUCGUCUUCCGGACGCUACUGACCAAGGACUCAUAGUCCACACCGCCGUGCGAUCAAAACUGCCUCUGAAAAAGAAAGUAGCACUCAGAACGCGCGGCUAUAGAGUCAAAAAGGAAAUCCAGAAACAGGGCGACAAAGCGUCUCCGUCUCAUAACAUCAAGAAGAGGAAGCCGAACGGUACUCCGAAAAUUGACGACAUCCAUAAAGAAAACACAGCAAUUGUAACAAAUGCUGAAGGGAAAUCACCGAAACAUGUUAUACUAUCGAAACAUAAGAAAGGUAAAAAACGAAAAGUUAAAGUCAAGAAAGAAACUAUAGAUUACAGUUCAAUGCAGAAGCACUCCUCGAGCACACCGCCCAAGGACACCGAAGCUUUAACGAAAGUACAGAAAUGGCUACUGAGUUCACCACAGCCCACUGCCAUACCUAAGUCUAAGUCAAUUCCCGUGGGCCUCACUGAGAGAACUCACAGGCAAGUAUCGAAAGGUAGAAAAACUCGACCGUCCAAAAGUGCAACAAAUCUACUUUCUGGCGAAAAAGCCAGACUGCAGGUUGUUUUUAAACCUCCGUUUAGGUUUAGUGUAAAAAUCUGUAAGAGUGACAAGACUAAGGUUGUACUCGAUAAGUCUUCGAAGCCCGACGUAGAAAGGAAACGUCAGGAUACUCUGCCAAAGGCUAUCUGUCCGGCCGAAGUGACCAAUACGAAUACAAAGCUUCUCAGACAAACUUCAAAAAGUACAGACAACGCAAACAUUCCAAAAACAGAAGCUGGUAACAAAGAGAAAGACUGCCAUGGAUAUGAAAAUUUACUGCCACGAAGUGCCAGCGAUUGUAAAGUCGCUAAAAAAGUACCAGAUUUAAAAAAUAGAUCGGGCCAUAAGAAGAGCAACUCGGUGGGACAAAAACGGGAAACUACUGAAAGUAGACAGAAUCUCAUUUUACAAGAGGACUGUGAUAAUGUACACGUCUACGAGAACUUGCUGCUGACGGAGGACACCUUCACCCCCAAAAGUUGUAGUAUGCCGCGACGACAAACAUCUCCCGGAAUAUCUCGCCAGAGCAGCUACGGUCAUCUACCUCGAGCUCAAAUCCGCCCACAUAGACAUAGUACCAACAACGUAAACCGUUCACGAAAUAACAGCACCAACGAACAAGAACCCUUCUAUAAUAUAAUAGAGACGUUAAAGAAAGACAAAACGAGCGGAAACAAAGGGAACACGUCCAAUACCAACACCAGCAGUUCAUCUGGCAGCGCCAGGGACGAGGUGUCCAGGAUAAGUAGGUCCUCGCGACAGAACAGUCUAGUCGACAAGCCGUCUCGCUCUAACGUCAGUGAAGCGCCGAAGAAACUAUGUCGCCAGUCAAGCGAGGCGGAGUUAGGGAAGCAGGCGAGUGAGAAAAACUUAAGGGGCUUCCAGUUGGUUGUGGGGAAAGACAAGCUGAAACGGCAGCUCAGCGACAAUGAACUGAGUCGAUCAAGGAUGCAGUUGGCGAUGCCGAUGUCAGCCGGCGCGGAGCCGAGGCGAGCCUUUUGUUGGAGCAAGCGAGCGAGUCUCGACUGUGAAGCCUCGCUGCCCACCACGAGGCCCAACAAGAGAACCACGUACACCUUCGGCGAACUCAAGAACACGGUCCCCAACUCCACCGAAGCAGCAGCCGUCGACGGCAUACAGAUCUCGCCCGAAGAUUUCCUUAAAAUUAUCGACAAUUAGUCGACCAGGUAAUGUUGGUAUCAAAGAAGUUAUUAAUCGACGUGUAUGUAUAUUAUCUAUCGGCUGGUGUAAAUAUUGUAUGUGCUUCUACUGUUAAGAUUAACACACGCCACUGAAACAGGCCAUUGCUCAGUUCCUUAUUAACUAUUGUGUGGGAUCUAUUUACUAUACUAAAUCAACAACACUCAUCGAUUCGUUCAAUGCUAUAUUUUUUAUAACAGCGAUGUGUUUAAUAAUUUCUUCUUCAAUACAACCAAGUGAGAUUUCCUGGGAAAAAUUUUAAUAUUCAAAAAGCUUCCAAAUAAAAUAUUUUUGUAGUUUAACCCUAGUUAUUAAGGAAUGUUUGUUGAUGAACAAAUAUUAUAAGAUAGUAGUAUGAUCGUGCUAAUUCCAAAAUUUUAAUAAAAAUCACAUUGUUAGAUCUUCUAUGAAUAAUUCAAAUCAAUUUUGAAUGUGUCCCAAGAACUAGACAACGUGUAUUAAAGUUCAAGGUCACUAUCAAUUAAAGUAAUACCAACAGUCAUAUUUAUUUUUCAACAAGUUAUUCUUUACCGCUGGCAAUGGUUUUGUUUCACUGUAUUUCUAUAAACGAAUCCCUAUUUUUUCUACAUACUAUGUACCUAUUGUACAAAUUUAUUAAUACUUAUGUAAAGAUUUGAUAUAUAAAUAAUUUCAUUAUAUCACAAUAUGUUUAUUUAUCUAUUUUAUUUUUAUUAAAAACAAGCUUUCUCGUUACAAUUUCUGGAGUGCUUAGUACAGUAAUAUAUUUCAUGAUUACUGAGGACUUGUAUAUUCUUAUUUCAACAUGAGCUGUCAAUUAAAAUGUCAAUAUGUUUGAAUCUCAAUAAUGCUCUAAAAUUUCCCAAAAAUAACUAAAUAUAUUAUAAAUAUAAAACAGGAUUGUUGUGAUUGUAAUAGAUGCCAUUAUUUCUAUCCAAUAUUUGGUGUAAAUUUUAUGGGUUGUGAAAAAUUGCAUAAUAAUUUUGAAGAUACAAACUGAGAAUCCUGUGUUAAUAUAAAAUCCAAAAACAUCAAUAAUAUUAAGGAAUCAAAUGAAAUUUUGUUAAUAAUAAGCAUAUUUUUCUAUUAACAUUGAUAUUUAUUGAAACUAUAUCCUAAAAAAAAACUUUUAACGGCUGUUAUUUUUAUGUUCUGCAAUAUCUGGGAUGGAAUUAAUAUUGAAAUCUAUGUAUUAGAGUGACAAUAUUAUGGUAUAUGUUAUAAUUAAUAUUAAAUGUAAUUGUAAAUACGCUAUAUAAGUACAAGUAACAUAUGAUAUUGUUUUAUUUUGAUGUAAAACUUAGUUUCGCCUUUUGUGUUGUACUGUUAUCUCGUCAUUAGUGCCAACACUAGUCUAAAAUUGGCGGUUUUAAUGAUAUAAUUAUGUUGUUAGCUGUUGUUCAGUUUCCUAUCUCAGAUAUCAGAAUGUUUUCAUUUCGAUGGCGGUCUCUGUAAGGUGCGUACGCUUUGCUACGCCAUAACGCAACGGCAUCUAUGAGCUUCGUUUUAGGGAGUUAAGGGUAACCAUAAAGCUAGAUAUUGUAUUCUAUAGAAAUAAUUUCUAAGACGAUACUAAGAGUAUUGGAAGUGUUACAAAUUUGUAUCUUAUUUUUUUCUUCGUAAAAUAAUAAAAUUAAUAAAAUUAUAAAUGAUAGUCGCUAAUGUUAUUGCCUCUGUGUGUAGCUCGUCUUAUGAUAGAAUAUACAAUGUAUUGCGUUAAACCCUUCUUAAUAAACAAAUGUAUCCGUUCAUUUUAAUAUAUUGUAAAAUAUGUAGGACUCGAAUUUUAAGACGCAAGAAAAUUGCUCGUUAACAUAAUGACUUGACCUUCCCAUGAACUAUCUGUCCACUAGCAGAUACCAAGGAGCAGAUUGUCUGACGGCGUUUUUUAAUUUUUAAAUUAGAUAUUGAUGUAUUAAAUGUUUAUUGUAAUGUUUUAUAGUCCACAGGCGCUUUUAUCUAUUUGAAAUGGAUUUUUCGUACGUUAUGUGUUUCUGUCAGUUUGGGUAACGAUUUGAAAUUAUAAGUAUACAAUCUAGACUCUAGUGACGUUCGCUAGACGUGCCCAUGAUCUCAGUAUUUGUUCCAAGUGCCUUAUGAACAAAUCGAUUCAUUCCUACAAACAUUCCAGUCUGUCAUGUUACGUUCAUGUAUUACUGAUAUGAUUCAUUGUAAGUUAUAACUAUAUAAGUAAUAAAAUACGUAUUAUAAUAUUAUAUUCAGCAUCUACUUAAUUAAUCUGUGAUAGUAUAAUUUCGAAUUUUUUUUUUCAUUUACUUUUCUCUUUUGAUCAAAUUAUGUUAUUUAAAAUAAAUACAAAUUUGUAAUAAAUUCAUCUUCUAACAUUUACUAUUUUUUCUGUAUUUUUUAAAAAUAAAAGAUCCAACACGC